CGUCGCGUUCUGUUGAGCUGGAGAGAUGUUCGGAUCGCUGAAUGCCAACUACGUGCGGAUGGUCAUUGCUGGCUCCUCCGUAGUUGUUUCCCUGCUCAUAGCGGGCUUCACCACCACCUGGGUGGAGAUCCAUAAGUGCUGGGGAUUCAUUGUGUGGCCUCAUGUUUGCCUGCUGCAGAUCGUCGGUGGAAUAUUUCUGUUCGUGGGCUCCUCAAAGGUAAGGCAAAUACCUUGUUGUAUAAAAGCUUAUAAAAGAGCAAUCACUGGCUUUUCCUGCCCUGGCUGCUGGCAGCAUGCAUAUUUAUCUACACGCUAUUGUACAAAUCCAUCGUUUACUUCUACAAUCUGGAGGGUAGAAUGUUAUUUGUGGUUCCCCUGUUUCAAUCCAUUGCAGGACUUUCUUCAAAUGCACACUCAAUCGCAUCGAACAGUCGCCAUAAUGGAGUCGUUGCAAACGGAAUAUUAGUGCGUUUGUCGUUUUUUUCUAGCCCAGUGAGAAGCAGUUGAGCCGAGUGUAUGGGGCAAAUAAGUGUGAACAUGGUGUUUGCUGCGGGGUGUGCUUUCGUAGCCAAAAGUAAAAUAAGCGUUAAAAUGUCUGCUAACCCAGUGGAAGACUGGUCGGUGGGGUGUGGGUUCCGGGUCUCUUCUGGGGCUUUUGCGGUAUCGUUGCAUGCGUAUUGCAUUACCCGUCUCCUGUCCCCAACCACCCAACCACCCUCAACCCAUUGGCCCACCCCCUUUGGCACAAAGUGGCGUAUGAAUAGAUACAUGUUUUGUUGCCCGUUUUGUUCUGUUUGCCAUCCCACAAGCCCCUUCUCCGCCUGUCUGUGGACUGGUUGUCGUAAUCCAACAAGCAGACAGGUUAAAUACACCGCAAGGACAGACUCACACACACACACACAAACAGUGCGGCUGCUGGAAAAAAGUGUGACAAAGAUGGUGGGGAAAACUGGCGGGAAAUGGGCGGAUAUUCGGGGAGGCGACUCGAGUCGCGCGAUUCGGUUGGGAAACAGACGCAUCCAAACAAACAAUAAUCAUGCAACAAUAGUGAGAGCCGCAAACAAAUUGCUUUUCUAUGUAUACACUGGAGUACAGGGAGCUGAGUGCACAGGGGGAAAAUAAGUUAUAUAUCAUAAAUAACAAGAUACAAGAACAAGAUAUUUAAAAUCUAGCAUUAUCAAUCUUUUCUGUGAAUGAAAUUAAUCAUUUAAGUAAGAAAAUAUUAGAAAUAAUGUUAUAAUAUUGUAUUUAUUCAACUACAACGCAAUUGUUUAUUUUUAAGCUAGUUACUAGUAAUCGCAUU